GUGACCGACCAUCUGGCUGACACAUACACGUGCAACUUAAAUCAUCUUCUUCUUCUUCCUCCUAUUUUGAUGCAUGCACCAGUCCUAACUACUAAGAGAAAUUAAGAGAAUGUGGAAACUGAAGGUUGCAGAAGGGCAUGGUCCAUGGCUGUUCAGUACCAACAAUUUUGUUGGCCGACAAGUUUGGGAGUUCGAUCCGGAAGCUGGCACGCCGGAAGAACGAGCAGAGGUUGAAGAAGCCCGGCGAGCGUACCGGAAAAACAGAUCUCAAACCAGAGCUUCCGGCGACAUCCUAACGCAGUUGCAGCUCAUCAAAGAGAACAGAAUAGAACUGAGCGAGCAAUUAGCUGUGAGACCGGGGGAAACGGAAACGGAAACGGAAACAGCUCUGAGGAAAGCAGUUCGAUAUCUUUCGGCGAUCCAAGCUAGCGACGGGCAUUGGCCGGCUGAAAGUUCUGGCCCUUUGUUUUUCAUGCCUCCCCUGGUAAUGGUUCUCUACCUCAGCGGGACGCUCAACGCUGCUCUGUCAUCGGAGCACAAGAAGGAGAUUCUUCGUUAUAUUUACAAUCACCAGAAUGAAGAUGGCGGAUGGGGAUUCCAUAUAGAGGGCCACAGCACCAUGCUUGGAACCGCAUUAAACUACGUCGCUUUGCGUUUGCUAGGAGAGGAUGCAGAUGGCAAGGCAGUUGAGCAAGCUCGGAAAUGGAUCCUUCAUCAUGGUGGGCUCACUUUGAUUCCCUUUGGUGGAAAGAUUUUCCUGUCGGUUCUGGGACUGUACGAGUGGUCAGGCUGCAACCCAAUCCUCCCAGAGCUAUGGCUGCUCCCUUCAUUUCUUCCACUAAAUGCAGGGAAGAUGUGGUGUUAUUGCCGGGAGACUUGCAUACCCAUUUCAUACCUCUAUGGGAAAAGAUUUGUCGGGCCUAUCACAGAAAUCAUCACAUCACUUAGACAAGAACUUUACACACAGCCAUACCAAGAAAUUGACUGGAACACAGCCCGCCAUUCUUGUUUGAAGGAGGAUCUCUACUGCCCUCAUCCCUUCGUACAAGAUCUGCUGUGGGAUGGAUUCUAUCACAUUGUUGAGCCAAUGCUAAAACGUUGGCCUUUCUCCAAGCUUAGACACAAAGCUCUACAAAAUGCUAUAAAGCACAUCCACUAUGAGGAUGAGAAUAGCAGAUAUAUCACCAUUGGUUGUAUUCCCAAGGUGUUGAAUAUGAUGGCUUGCUGGGCAGAGGACCCAACUUCAGAGGCCUUCAAGUAUCACCUUGCCAGAGUCCCAGAUUAUCUAUGGGUAGCUGAAGAUGGAAUGAAAGUGCAGACUUUUGGUAGCCAAUUAUGGGAUUCUGCUUUUGCCACUCAAGCAAUAAUAGCUGCUAAUCUUCCUCCAGAAUAUACCGCUACUGUUCUCAGGAAAGCUCACCACUUCCUCGUACAAUCACAGAUCCGACAAAACCCAUCGGGAGACUUCAAAAGCAUGUAUCGAAGCAUUUCAAGAGGCGGAUGGACGUUCUCGGAUCAAGACCACAGUUGGCAAGUUUCGGACUGCACAGCCGAAGCCCUGAAGGCUCUGAUUUUACUUUCCAAAAUGCCAGCACAAACCGUGGGAGAAAGGAUUGAGCAAGAGCGAUUAUUCGAUGCUGUCGAUCUCCUCCUUUCUUUACAAAGCAAGAAUGGAGGAUUUCCGGCUUGGGAGCCAAUAACAGCGCAGUCAUGGCUCGAGAUGUUUAAUCCUACAGAUGUUUUUGGUGAUAUCAUCACAGAACGCGAGUAUAUCGAAUGCACUUCGUCGGUGCUCCAAGCUCUUGUGACAUUCAAAGAUUCAUAUCCAUGGUAUCGGAAGAAGGAAAUACAUCUUGCAGUGGCCAAAGCAAUCCGGUUCCUCGAAGAACAACAGUUGCCAGAUGGUUCUUGGGAUGGGUUUUGGGGAAUUUGCUUCAUCUAUGCCACAUGGUUUGGGCUGGAUGGGCUAGCAGCUGUUGGGAAGAAUUGGAAGAACAGCCCAGCUGUUGACAGAGCCUCUCAGUUUCUGCUUUCAACACAAAAUGAUGAAGGUGGAUGGGGAGAGAGCUAUCUUUCAUGCCCUAACAAGGAAUAUGUGGGGAUGGAAGGAAAUCAAUCAAAUUUGGUGCAGACAUCUUGGGCCCUAAUGGGCCUUCUUCAUGCUGGACAGGCUGAGAGAGAUCCAACACCUUUACACAAAGCAGCAAGGUUAUUGAUCAACUCUCAGAUGGAAAAUGGUGAAUUUCCUCAACAGGAAAUCACUGCGGUUUUCAUGAGGAACUGUAUGCUACAUUUUGCGGCAUAUAGAAAUAUUUUCCCGACUUGGGCUCUUGCUGAAUAUCGAAAGCACCUGGCAAUGGCAUUGUCUACCCACACCACACCCUCUUAACUAAAUUCAUUCAUUCAUUGCCUUGUACAAAUUAAUGCACAAUUUUCAUUUAUACAAUUAAGAGUAUCUGUACGGAAAUGCUAUUUAGACGUAAAG